CGGAUUUGGUAAUUGUAUAUCCGAUCCGUUUAAAAUCCGAUCCGAAUAUGCAUCCGUUUAAAUAACUGUUUAUCCAAAUAUCCGAUCCGUUAUAUAUAGUUUUUCAUAAUUUUUUAUGUUUAGUUGUGGUCUUUGUUGAAAUCAUAGUCCACCGUCACAGUCAUCAUUGCUGUGUUAUCCAUCUAACUGGCAUUACAAUACGAUCUAAGGAUUAUUAGUAAAAAGAUAUGAUGUGGUAGAGUAUGAAAAAUUAAGAGAUGGAGGAAAUAUUGAAUUUAAAGAGAUCGUCUAAGACAUACUCCUUCCAUCCCUAAAUAAACUUCCUUUUUGACCUUUUGAUAAUUUAAGGAAGGGAUAUUUUUGUGUUGACUUUCCAAAAAUACUCUUGAUGUGAUGUGUAAAAGUAAGAUGUGAUAUGUAGAUUAUUAGUAUGAUGUGAUAGGUAGGGUAUGAAAAAGUAAAGGGUAAAAGGGAUUUUUUAAGGAAAAAGAGAAGUUUAUUUGGAGACAAAGAAAAAACGAAAGGGAAAGUUUAUUUAGCAACCGAGGGAGUAUAAGAGUGCCAAACUAACAUCUUCAUGUUUUUAAAAAGUUACCACCUUUGGACUUGGGAGUAUACUUUUCUUUUUUCUUUUUGACAAUACACAGUACCGGUUCUACACUUCUAAGUUCUACUCGGCAACUUUUUAAAGAAAGUAAACAUAGAGUUGUGUAUGGUGUUAUCAUGCAUAACGUCAAAGUUUUAGUUUUUUUUUUAAAAAAUAAUUUUAUUUAUUAAUUUGUAUAGAAAUAAAAGAAUUUAUAUAUUUAAAAAUGACAUUAAAAUAUUUUUACCAAUUAAUAUGACUAUUUUAUUUCUUCAAAUGAUAAAAAAUAUCAAAAUAAGAUCUAAACAUAAUUCUUAUCUCUAAAGGAUACUCCCUCCGUUUGAAAAAAGUCUUAACACUUUGACUAUAAGGCAAAAUAAGGAAGUUUAAAAUUAUAAUUGACUUCCAAUUUUGUCUUUGAUGUGAUGGGUAAAAGUAAGAUGUGAUGGAUUUAUUAUCAGAGAAAAAGUAUGAUGUGAUAGGUAGGAUAUGAAAAAAUAAGGGUAAAAGUGGUUUUUAAUAGAAAGGGGAAGUGUUUUUGAGAACGGAGGGAGUAAUAUGUUUUUCCUAAACAAGACUAAGUAUGUGUUAAUACCUUUAUGACACAUGAUUUUAUAUGAGCUGUCAUAUAUAUAUAUGGCUUUACUUGAAAAAAGGGAGUAUAAUUUUACUAGAUUCAUCUUGAAAAGUACUUUCAAAAUUAUUUUUAUUUUAUUAUAGAUUAAAUGUUGAUCUUAAUUGGUUAUAUAAAAAAAAUAAAGACUGAAGAAACACUAUAUAUAGCUAGGAGGGAAGGAGUAUGUAUGUAUAUAACUCAUUCUUGAUCACAUAACUUCCUUAUUACACAAAUAUAUAUACUCCCUAUUUAUCGUCAAAUUAAACUUUCCACACGCGCGCUAACAUGAACAAAAAAGGCUUUUUUAAUAUCAUGAUCUUAGCCUUGGAUCUUAUAGCUUUGGGAUUUGCCGCAGGUGGAGUAUCCUCUUCUAAGCAGGGGAGCCAUCACUCUCUUCUUAGCGCAUUGACAAUCGGUGCUGUUGUGGCUGCUCAAGUGUGUGUUACAAUUUAUGCAUGUUCCGCGGGUUUCACCAAGGACGACAAUGGAGUCUGUACCUGCUGUAACAUUGACGGGGCUAUGUUUAUUAUGACUUGGGUUUUUGGCGUCAUAGUAGGGGCGUACCUGGUUCUGGUAGUAAACAAAACAGCGUUGAUAAUGGGAGGACUAAUCGUUUGCGCCAUUCAUUGGGUUCUCGUCUGCCUUUACACCUACCAUGCUCCAAACCCUUCAUCCACAUCAUGCCGGGGGACGCACGCCUAAAUUUGUUGCCUCUACCAUUUAUGUCCCCGUAAAACUUUUGUUAUUUUAAAUUCACUAUUUAUCUUUAAUUAAUUGCUUUGCUAAAUGGAAAUCAUCCUAAAUAGGACUAAAAUAUAGAGAAAAGUACCAAAAUAGGAAUUUCAUGUUUUUUUUUCCGGAAUAGGACUUUGCACUGUGGUAAUGUGACUUUGCAUUGUGGUAAUGUGGCAGUGUACAUGUGCAAAUUACUAUACUUUCUUGGUAAUGUAUAUGACCAUGUUUGGUAAUGUAAGUCCUAUUCCGAAAAUAAAAACAUGGAAGUCUU